UCUCAGAAAUGUUUGUUACGAGUACUUCUUUUUUUCUCUUUUUCUGAAUAAUAACAUGUACCUUACCAGAGACGUUGACUUAAAGAGUAGUGAUGUAGGUCUAACAGAUCAGUCGUCCUUAUUAAAUCCACAUAAUCGAAUCCCCCACAACGUUCGAAAAACCGAAUCUCAAGUCUUUGAACUCCUUUUAUAUUCAAUCAGACAUACAUACAUACAUCUCUAAUAUAAGAUGAAGCAACCAACAACAGCUGGUCACGUGCAAUUGCCACCAAUAGAUGAAGAAACUCCGGUGAACCGGCCACAGCAGGACCAAGUUAUAGUUCAAGUUCCUGCACUUGCUCAGGGAAGACCACCACAACCAAAUCUACCUCAUUCAGAGUUACUUCUUGAAGGAAGAAGAGAAGAUUACAUUAAAGUUGGUAUUCCUUUAUAUGAAGCAUCUAUUAAAGGUGAUUGGCAAACUGCUCAUGACAUUCUUAAGGGAAAUCCAGAUUUGGUAAAGUGGAGUAUCACUGAAAACUGUGAAACAGCACUUCACGUUGCAGCAUCAGCUAAACAAACCAAACAAAUGGAAGAUUUUGUGAAAAACUUGGUGAAAAUGAUGGCAAAAGAGGACCUGGAGCUUCAAAAUAACAGUUUCAAUACGGCGCUUUGUUUAGCAGCUGCAGCUGGAAAUGUUGAAAUGGUUAAAAUUUUGGUGGAAAAAAACCCUGCCUUGUUGACGAUCCCUGGUAGUCAACAAAUGAUGCCACUCUAUAUGGCUGCUUUAUUUGGACAACGUGACGUGGUGUACUAUCUCUAUGGUCGAUCCAAGGGAUUACGUGACGAUGGCUGGAAUAAUCAGAAUCGUGGUUGGCUUCUUCUGAAAUGUGUCGAGGCCGAUCUGUUCGAUAUCGCACUACAGAUACUGGAAGAGCGCCCAGAACUUGCUAGUAAUGGUAGCGUACUCGGAGUUUUGGCCAAAAAGCCUGAUGCAUUUUCUAGGAAAUCAUCAAAUAUCUUUAGGAGAACCUUGAACAAAGUUUUAGCACGGGAUGGUUUUAAGGCUGUUCCUGAAAAGGACAGUGAAGCAUUGCAAUUACUAAGAAUCAUUUGGGGCAAUAUCGCAAAAAAGCCUAAGAAAGAAAUUGAUGAUAUAAUCAGAGGUCCGCCUGAUGGACCUAAGAAAGAGGACAGACUACCUUAUGGAAGAGAAGAUCAAACUCUCCACCUACUGAAACUCAUUUCGGACAAUGUAGUUAAAAUGCCUAGUGAAAUUCAGAGGUUAACUGCAGGGUCAUCUGGAACAAUAAAAAGGGCACCAUCAAUGGGAAAUGCUAGGAAAACAUACUCUUCACGUAUACUAUUUGUUGCUGCAGAAAUGGGCAAUACCAAAUUUAUAGUAGAGCUUAUCCGUAAGUAUCCUGAUUUAAUAUGGAAAGUCAAUGAUAAUAAUCAGAGUAUAUUUCACAUUGCCGUCAAACAUCGUCAUGAGGGUAUAUACAACUUAUUGUAUGAGAUUGGGUCAAUGAAGGAUUUAAUAACUCCCCUCAAAGACGAUAAUGACAAUAAUAUGUUGCAUUUAGUUGGGAAAAGUGCAAAGAAGAAGCGUCUCCAAGAUGUGUCGGGAGUUGCACUACAGAUGCAGCGAGAACUAUUAUGGUUCAAGGAAGUAGAAUCCAUGAUCCCACCUUCUUAUAGAGAACGGAAGAACAAAGAUGGUCUAACACCAUAUGAAUUAUUCACUAAAGAACAUAAAGAUCUUGUUGCACAAGGUGAAAAGUGGAUGAAAGGAACAUCUAGUCAGUGUAUGGUGGUUGCUGCUCUUAUUGCCACCAUAGUAUUUGCUGCAGCUUUUACAGUUCCUGGUGGAUACAUCCAAGACACUAAUAGCAAAGAUAAUGGUAUCCCUGUCUUCCAUUCCAAAGUAACCUUUAUGGUGUUUGUAGUGGCAGAUGCGAUUUCUUUAUUCUCGUCUUCAGCUUCCAUUCUCAUGUUCUUAUCAAUUCUAACGUCUCGUUAUGCGGAACGUGAUUUCUUGCAAUCAUUACCCAAAAAGCUGAUGAUAGGUCUAUUUACUCUUUUUCUUUCUAUAACGUCUAUGACAGUCGCUUUUAGUGUCAGUUUUUUCGUACUUUACAAAAACGGUUUGGUGUGGAUGCCAAUCGUAAUUAGCAUGUUUGCUGUGCUACCAGUCUUCCUGUUUGCUUGGCUGCAAUAUCCUCUUUUAGCAGAUGUACGCCGCUCGACAUAUGGAUCUAGAUACCUCUUUAAACCUAGCAGACUUGUUCUGUAUUAUGAAGAUCACAAGCUCAAACCAUUCCUAAAGGGUUUAUGUCUCAAAGUCAAACCAUUCUUUAAGGGUUUAUUUUCAAAAUUGAAGCGUUAGUUGUUAUGCCUUUUUAAAGUCUAGUAAGACUGUGAUUUGGGUUAAAAUUGUACACUUUUAGGCAAUUGUAUGUCAAUUACUCUGAAUAUACCCAAAUUCAUCUACAGCAAUAUGGUUAAUCUCUCGGCAGAUCAUUCAGCAAACAUUUAUCGUGAAAGAUGUUUCACAGGCUAACUAUGCUAUUUCAUUGUUGACGAAAACAAGAUGCCUUCAUGCCGGUGAUUUCCCUUUAUAUAGUUGUAAAGAUGCUGUGUACAAAAUGUAAAUCUUUAUAACAUGCCUCCUAUUUGGCAAAAUGGUAAAUUAACCUUUACUGUACCUUUUCUUAGGAUAUAUUUUCUAUAUCUGUCACGAGGCUCGUGGUUUCAAGCUUUCACGACAUCUUGUAUAUAAGUUGAUCUAACGUCUAACUGGUUCAAUCUUACAUGUUUUGAUUUUCUCCAAGUUAGUAAACGUUUAAUCUUUCCUGAA